AUGCUUUCCCAUAAGACAGUGCGGCAUUCUUUUCAUUUUUGCGGAAUCAAGGCCUGUGAUCGGAGAUUGAGGCUUUUUCUUAUUUUUUACUAUAAAAAUACUUCUUUCCUUUCCUUUUUCUUUCUUUCUUUCUUUCUUUCUUUGUUUCUUUCUUCCUUCCCUUCCUUCCUUCCUUUCUUUCUUUCUUUCUUGUUUUCAUUCUCUUAUUCUUAUUUUUCUUCUCUCAUCUGCCUCCAUUUUCAUUCUUCUUUUUUCCUUUCUUUCUUUCUUUCUUUCUUUCUUUCUUUCUUUCUUUCUUUCUUUCUUUCCUUCCUUCCUUCCUUUCCUUUUUUUCUUUCGUUCAUUCUUUCUUUCUUGUUUCCUUUAUUUUCAUUCUUCUUUUUUUUUUUAUUUUUCUUCUCUCAUCGGCCUCCAUUUUUCAUCUUCUUUUCUUUCUUUUCCUUUCUUUCUUUCUUUUUCAUUCUUUCUUUUUUUUUUUUCUUUCUUUUUUUCUUUUCUUUUCUUUUCUUUCUUUCUUUCUUUCUUUUCUUUCUUUUUCUUCUUUCCUUCUUCUUUUUUUUUCUUUCUUGCUUUUUCCUUUCUUUUUUUUUCUUCCUUUUCAUUCUUUUUCCUUUCUUUUCUUUCUUUUCUUUUUUCUUUCUUUUUCCUUUCUUUCUUGCUUUCUUUUCGUUCAUUCUUUAUUCUUAUUUUCUUCUCAUCAUCGGCCUCCCUUUUCAUUCUUCUUUUUUCUUUCUUUUCUUUUCCUUUCUUUUUCUUUUCUUUUCCUUCCUUUCUUUCUUUCUUUUUCUUUUUUCUUUCUUUCUUUCGUUCAUUCCUUUCCUUCUUCAUUUUUUUCUCUUCCCAUUUUUCUUCUUCUUUUUUUUUCUUUCUUUUUUUCUUUCUUUUUCUUUUCCUUUCUUUUUCUUUCCUUCCUUCCUUCCUUUCUUCCUUUCUUUUCUUUCUUUCUUUCUUGCUUGUUUCCUUUCGUUCAUUCUCUUAUUCUUAUUUUUUCUUCUCUCAUCGGCCUCCAUUUUCAUUCUUCUUUUCCUUUUUCUUUUCUUUCUUUCUUUCUUUCUUUCUUUCUUUUCCUUUCUUUCUUUCUUUCUUUCUUUCUUUCUUUCUUUUUUUCUUUCUUUCUUUCUUGCUUGUUUCCUUUCGUUCAUUCUCUUAUUCUUAUUUUUCUUCUCUCAUCGGCCUCCAUUUUCAUUCUUCUUUUCCUUUCUUUCUUUCUUUCUUUCUUUCUUUCUUUCUUUCUUUCUUUCUUUCUUUCUUUCCUUCCUUCCUUCCUUCCUUUCUUUCUUUCUUUCUUUCUUUCUUGCUUGUUUCCUUUCGUUCAUUCUCUUAUUCUUAUUUUUCUUCUCUCAUCGGCCUCCAUUUUCAUUCUUCUUUUCCUUUCUUUUCCUUUCUUUCUUUCUUUCUUUCUUUCUUUCUUUCUUUCUUUCUUUCUUUCCUUCCUUCCUUCCUUCCUUCCUUUCUUUCUUUCUUUCUUUCUUGCUUGUUUCCUUUCGUUCAUUCUCUUAUUCUUAUUUUUCUUCUCUCAUCGGCCUCCAUUUUUCAUUCUUCUUUUCCUUUUCUUUUCCUUUCUUUCUUUCUUUCUUUCUUUCUUUCUUUCUUUCUUUUCUUUCUUUCUUUCUUGCUUUCCUUCCUUUCUUUUCUUUCUUUCUUGCUUGUUUCCUUUCGUUCAUUCUCUUAUUCUUUUUUUCUUCUCAUCGGCCUCCAUUUUCAUUCUUUCUUUUCCUUUCUUUUUCCUUUCUUUUCUUUCUUUUUCUUUCUUUUUUCUUUCUUUCUUUCUUUCUUUUAUUCCUUCUUUCCUUCUUUUUUUCUUUUUCUUUUCUUUCUUUCUUUCUUUCUUUCUUUCUUUCUUGCUUGUUUCCUUUCGUUCAUUCUCUUAUUCUUUUUUUCUUCUUCUCAUUUCCUUUCCUCCAUUUUCAUUCUUUCUUUUCCUUUCUUUUUUCCUUUCUUUCUUUUUGCUUUUCUCUUUUCUUUCUUUCUUUCUUUUCCUUUCCUUCCUUCCUUCCUUUCCUUUCUUUCUUUUCUUUCUUUCUUGCUUGUUUCCUUUCGUUCAUUCUCUUAUUCUUAUUUUCUUCUCUUUUUUCUUUCAUUCUUUCUUUUCCUUUCUUUCAUUUUUUCAUUCUUUAUUCUUUUCUUUCCUUUUUUUUUUCUUUCUUUCUUUCUUUCUUUCUUUCUUUUUCCUUUCUUUUCUCCUUUCUUUUCUUUCUUUUCUUUCUUUUUCUUUCCUUUCCUUUCCUUUUCCUUCCUUCCUUCCUUUUUUUUCUUUCUUUUUUCUUUCUUUUCAUUCUCUUGUUUUUUUUCUUUCAUUCUCUUCUUUAUUCUUUCUUUUUUCUUUCUCUUCUUUCUUUCUUUUUCCAUUUUCAUCCUUUCCUUCUUUUUUUCCUUUCUUUUCCUUUUCUUUCUUUCUUUCUUUUUCGGCUUUCUUUCUUUUCUUUCUUUUCUUUCUUUUCUUUCCUUCCUUCCUUCUUCUUUCUUUCUUUUCCUUUCUUUCUUUCUUUUCUUUCUUUCUUUCCUUUCGUUCAUUCUCUUAUUCUUUUCGUUCAUUUUUUAUUCUUCUCUCAUCGGCCUCCAUUUUCAUUCUUCUUUUCCUUUCUUUUCCUUUUCUUUCUUUCUUUCUUUCUUUCUUUCCUUUUCCUUUUCUUUUUCUUUCUUUCUUUCUUUCUUGUUUCCUUUCGUUUUUUUCAUUCUCUUAUUUCUUUCUUUUUCUUUCUUUCUUUUCAUCGGCCUUUCUCCAUUUUCAUUCCAUUUUUCUUCUUCUUUUCCUUUCUUUUCUUUCUUUCUUUUUUUCUUUCUUUCUUUCUUUCUUUUCCUUUUUUCUUUCUUUUUUCUUUCUUUUCUUUCUUUCUUUCUUUCUUUUCUUUCUUUCUUUCCUUUCUUUUCUUUCUUUCUUUCUUUCUUUCUUUCUUUCUUCUUUCUUGUUUCCUUUCGUUCAUUCUCUUAUUCUUAUUUUUCUUCUCUCAUCGGCCUCCAUUUUUUCUUCUUUCUUUUUUUUUUUCUUUCUUUCUUUCUUUCUUUCUUUCUUUCUUUUCUUUCUUUCUUUCUUUUUCUUGCUUGUUUUCCUUUCGUUCAUUCUCUUAUUCUUAUUUUUCUUCCUUCCUUCCUUCCUUCCUUUCUUUCUUUCUUUCUUUCUUUCUUUCUUUCUUUCUUUCUUUCUUUCCUUCCUUCCUUCCUUCCUUUCUUUCUUUCUUUCUUUCUUGCUUGUUUCCUUUCGUUCAUUCUCUUAUUCUUAUUUUUCUUCUCUCAUCGGCCUCCAUUUUCAUUCUUCUUUUCCUUUCUUUUCCUUUCUUUCUUUCUUUCUUUCUUUCUUUCUUUCUUUCUUUCUUUCCUUCCUUCCUUCCUUCCUUCCUUUCUUUCUUUCUUUCUUGCUUGUUUCCUUUCGUUCAUUCUCUUAUUCUUAUUUUUCUUCUCUCAUCGGCCUCCAUUUUCAUUUUUCUUCUUUUUUCCUUUUCCUUUCUUUCCUUUUCUUUUAUUCUUUUUUCUUUCUUUCCAUUUUCAUUCUUCUUUCCUUUCUUUCUUUUCUUUUUUCUUUCCUUCCUUCCUUUCCUUUUCUUUUCUUUCUUUCUUUCUUUUUUGCUUGUUUCCUUUCGUUCAUUCUCUUUAUUCUUAUUUUCUUUCUCUCAUCGGCCUCCAUUUUCAUUCUUCUUUUCCUUUUUCUUUUUUCUUUUUUUCUUUCUUUUUUCUUUCUUUCUUUUCUUUCUUUUCUUUCUUUCUUUCUUUCUUUUUUUCUUUCCUUCCUUCCUUUCCUUUUUUUCUUUCUUCUUUUCUUUUCUUUCUUUCUUUCUUGCUUGCUUUCCUUUCGUUCAUUCUCUUUAUUCUUAUUUUUCUUCUCUCAUCGGCCUCCAUUUUCAUUCUUCUUUUCCUUUCUUUUCCUUUCUUUCUUUCUUUCUUUCUUUCUUUCUUUCUUUUUUUCUUUUUCUUUUCCUUUCUUUCUUUUCUUCCUUCCUUUCCUUUCUUUCUUUCUUUCUUUCUUUCUUUCUCAUAUUCUUAUUUCUCUUCUCUCAUCGCUUGUUUCCUUUCGUUCAUUCUCUUAUUCUUAUUUUUCUUCUCUCAUCGGCCUCCAUUUUCAUUCUUCUUUUCCUUUCUUUUCCUUUCUUUCUUUCUUUCUUUCUUUCUUUCUUUCUUUCUUUCUUUCUUUCCUUCCUUCCUUCCUUUCUUCCUUCCUUUCUUUCUUUCUUUCUUUCUUUCUUGCUUAAUUAUUAUCUAUCUAUCUAUCUAUCUAUCUAUCUAUCUAUCUAUCUAUCUAUUUGCCUUGAUCUAUCCACUACCCUUCUCCUCAUCCUUACCUCUAUCACUCCUAUCUGA